GAGUAAUUUAUUUCUUACAUGGAAAUAGAAAAUUAAAAUCCAGUGAAUGUCGAGCGAAAAGUUGGACAUUGCAGAUUGGGGGAAACCUCGGCAUCUAGGUUUUGAGUUCGUUCAGCUCCGUCGCGGUUUCCUUGCCCACCGGCUCUUUCGCGAUUGCUUGGCCGGAGAUCUAUCCCGCUCAGGCUAUAUAGCUCAGGCGGGCUCUUUCAUUAUCGACUUCCAUGUGUGCUUUAGUGGUAGAGCCUGACUGAAUGGGUGGUUGGGGAGAUGGGAGGUUGUGUGAAGUAAUUCAUAGUUGUGUACACAUGAUGAUGUAUGGAGAUUUGAUUUUCUGGCAGGAGGGGUUCGAUAUUCACUAGGGAUGUAGUAGUUCUUAACUAUAAACGGUUUGUAGUGCUGAGUGCAGGGAGGUUGAUGAUAUGCUAUUGACCUUUGGGAUGGACUGCUUGAUGAACAUUCUAUGCUGUUUGGCGUUUGCUCAUGGGGUUUGGUGUUUUUGUUGUUUUGGAGGGGGGAAUGAGGGGUGUGGCUUUAAGCUCUUGAUGGAUGAUCACGGGGUAAUGUGGUUGUAAUGUGGACAGGGUGGAGGCGGCAAGCUGUUGUGGGUUGGUGGUGUAUGUGGUAGUUGAUAAGAAGGGGGAGUUUCAACAUGAGUUCUGACAGCAGGAGCCCAAUGAGAAGCAGGAGUAGAAGCAGGAGCCCUAUGGACCGCAAGAUCCGAUCUGACCGCUUUUCAUAUCGCGGUGCCGGUGCACCUUACCGACGAGAAGCUCGACGGGCUUCCAGGUUUUUUCUUAUUUGACUCUUUAACCUUGUAUACUUUUUUGUGUCACCUGAAGUUUCUUAGUGUCCUAUAAGUUAAUUUCUGUGCUAGAGGAUUUUACCUUAUUGUUCGGUUUCCUUUCUGAUAGACUGAAACUUCUUGAAUAUGCUAGUCAAGAAAAGCUUUGGCAGUAAAGCCAUGGAAGAUUAUGAUAUUUCAACGCUUGAUUGGCUGGUUUCUAUAUUUAACCACCACUCUCCCAGAUAGACGGGAUAUGUCGAGUAGUUGUUUUCUUAUAUUACUUUUGCAUCUCUGCCAAAAUCAUUUGGACUGUGCGACUUCUACGAUUCAGUAAAUAGGAACAUAGAGUCUCUAUAUAUGUUCUGUUUAAUUUUGGGUUUAUUUAUUUUUACCAGUCAGGGAAACCUCUGCAAGAACUGCAAACGGCCGGGUCAUUUUGCUAGGGAAUGCCCAAAUGUUGCCAUCUGUCACAACUGUGGUCUUCCAGGGCACAUUGCAUCGGAGUGCACCACAAAAUCCCUCUGCUGGAACUGCCGAGAACCAGGGCACAUGGCUAGCGACUGCCCCAACGAGGGCAUCUGCCACACGUGUGGCAAGGCUGGACAUCGUGCUAGAGACUGCACAGCUCCUCAACUGCCACCUGGUGACCUCAGACUGUGCAACAACUGCUACAAGCAGGGCCACAUUGCUGCAGAUUGUACGAAUGACAAGGCGUGCAACAACUGCAGGAAGACCGGCCACCUGGCACGCGACUGUCCCAACGAGCCUGUCUGCAACGCGUGCAACGUCUCGGGACACGUGGCUAGGCAGUGCCCCAAAGCCACCGCCGGUGCAGGCAUCCACCGCGGCGGUGGUGGUGUGAGAGGGGGCAGUUUCCACGACGUGAUGUGCAGGAACUGCCACCAGUAUGGACACAUGAGCAGGGACUGCAUGGGCCCGCUGAUGAUCUGUCACAACUGUGGCGGGCGAGGGCAUCGUGCCAUCGAGUGUCCUUCCGGAAGGAUGGUCGACCGCUAUCCUCCAAGGAGUAGGUACUACUAAAUCUCUACGCCUUUUCGUGGCACCGAGGUUCAAUGCUGGAAUUCACUUGCUGAGUCGUCGUUCUCUAUUGGAUAAUUGAACUUCAAACGUAGCGGGAAAUCAGUUUUGGGACUUCCGAUCGUGGGGGUGUUGAGGAGUUUUUUAAUGCUUGUUGUUUGGAAUAAAGGAUUUGAUUCUGUAGCUUGAUCAUGUUGUGUACUAUGAUUGUUUCGAUUGAUACAGUGCGUAGUUUGUAAGCUCGAGUUUGGAAGACGAAAUGAGUAUGGAGUGUUUUUUAAUCACUGUGACCUAGGCAUCAGCAUGUUUCCUUGUUUAACGACUUUCUUUUCUGUUAUGAUGGUAGAGAUCUUACACUCAAAAUGUAAAAUUAGUCAGAAUCUUAAAUGGACUAAGCAGAA